UAUAGUAUAGAAAUAUUAAAUACCUAUACAUUAUAUUUAGAAGCAAUCGACAACUAGUUACGACGACAUAAUAUAUUAAUUAUAUUGAUUUGAGUCAGACCGCGUUGGAAAAAUAAGUUUCUGUGAAUAUAUCGGUAGAUCAGAAAUAUUAAUAAAAAAAUUAUAUUUUAACCGGCAUUAAGCUUCAGUGUUUUCAUUUGAAUUUGAUUCGGGUGUCAUACAUCAUUAAGAAUGGAUUUUAAAAUGCAUGAAUAUACCCAUGCUGUCGUCGGGAAAGUGGUUCCUGCUCUUCGUGCCACUGAUCGAGCGGAUAUGAAUGAUGCUAGGCGACAAUAUGAUUAUUACUUGAGAUUACUUAAAGAGCUGAAUCUCGAACUUAUCGAAAUAGAGACCGAUGCAUUUUUCCCAGAAAACAUCGUAUUUGAGGAUUUAGCCAUCGUUUGUCAUGGUAUUGUUCUUAUGCCGAGACCUGUUUCAGCUACUGAAGAGAUUAUUAUGGCAGCUUUGAAAGAUGUAUUUAUGGAUGAACUUGGUCAUGAUAUUAUUGAAAUCACUGAUCCAGAGGCGAAACUUGCUGGCUCUGAUGUUUUGUUCACAGGGAGGGAAUUCUUUGUGGGGAUUUCUGAAACGAGCAAUGAAGCGGGCGCUUGUGCACUUGCCGAAGCUUUUCCUGAGUUCCCAUGCUCACCUAUCAAGGUGGCCCAAGGUGUCAGACACCUGAAGAGAUAUUUCAGCAUGGCUGGACCAGAUAUCCUCUGCGUGGCUUCGAGCAAAGAGGCCCAAGAGAUGCUGAAGAGGAUUGAAAGGGAGGCUACCUUCACUUACCAGACUCUCACUGUCCCCGAGAAUGGUGCAGCCAAUUGCUUAUAUGUGAAUGGCACUCUCAUACACCGUGCCAUUGAAGAAAUACCCGAAUCUUUCAAGGUAUUUUGUGAGAAGAUUGACUUUGCAAGGCGGUCGAUUUGCUACUCUGCACUGGCUAAAGUCUCAACUGGACUUACCGCUUGCUGCCUCCUGGUGAGGAAAAUUUAAACUGUCAUUGCCAUUUGGUAUAUUAAAUAAUUUGAUGCGAUACAAAACAGUCCCUUUAGUAAUGUGUAAAUUAUAUUAAAUAAAAACAUUUGAUCCAUUACUGGUUGCAAAUUAAAGCAGAGAUACAACAUUUUAUUUUCAUUUUCAAUGUUAUAUGCUAUUUUAAACAAUAGAUAAUAUACAAAUUAAAAAAGGGUUUCAUAAAAUAAAUCAUAAUGACCAAUAAAAUAUAAGCAUGCGUGUCGCUAUUGCGAUUUAGAAUUAUAAGUUUUAUAAAGCCUAGGAAAGAAACAGGUAAAAUUUCUACAAAUUAAAUUGGUCAUAGAAACAGAUUAAUUAGUUGCAUUUUUUAUUUAUUCAUAAAUAAUAUAUUCGGGCUUAUUGGCCCGACUUAUAUAAAGCGAUAAAAUUGUUUGUCGAUUUACCGUUAUUUCGUGUUUUGGGUAUCUGUUUUGUAUCUCAUCAUAACUGUGUGUGUAACGAAAAGGCUAAUUUUAAACUGUGUUCAAUGAGCAAGUCCAAAAUUUGACUUCUAUUAAACAAAAUUUGUUAAUGCUUUAAUACGCAUUUGCCUUCUUUUCAAAUUUCAAUUUUCGAAUUUAUAAGCUAUGCUUCAGUUUUAAGAGAAUUCAUUAUUCCAUUUUUUUAAAUUAAAUAUUAGUCAUUGUUGAUCACUAUGUUUAAAAUAUGUGAAUUUUAAUUACGAAACAAAAAGGUUAGUAACAAUAUUUUUAAACCUUUAAAUAAAUCGCAAUACAGAGAAGACUACAUUUUACCUCAUGUAAGAUAGAAACACAUAAUACUUAUAUUUAAUCAAUAAAUGUACAUUUCAAAAUUGUUGCUGUUGCAAUAUUGUCAUUAAUGUGUUUCUACCUUUAUUAUUUAGUAUAUAACUUCCAUUCCCUAAGUUCCAAGACUGAUAUGAAACUCUUUAAAAACUACUAGAAUUAUUAUAACAAUUAUUUACUUAGAUACCAUUAAACUUGUUUCUCCGAUAGGAUUAAUAUUCCAAACAUUCCCGAUUUAGUUUUAAUAUCAUCCUUAUAUACCUAAACUUACUAAUAAUAAUUUAAUUCUAUUGUAACAAAUAUGUACAAAACGCAUAAAAUUCGUGUACCUGUUCAUGUACUUUUCAUUUUAAUGUAGCUUUUAUUAUAUACAACAUUAAACAUUUACACGCUGCCUACUCUACAUGCACAAUGUUUGAAUUUAAUGUUGACAUCGAUUUAGCCAGUGAUUUAAAAAAACAUGUAAAUUUUCUCUUUUUACUAAUAAAUACGUAAAUUAAAUUAAAAAAUUAAUUAUCGUUUAAUUUUUUUAAAAUGAUUAUCUAAGUAUUAUUUUUAUAUUAAUUAGCACUUAUUUGGUUGUUCACUCGGCUUCCGUUUUUGUUUCGACCGCCAUCUUGUUUGCUGUUGGCGCACAAAGUCUAUGGGUCCGUUCACACAGACCGGCUCGGAGAGGAGAGCAGAUUUUUAUCACGUUGGAAACAGUGUUUUGAGUGAUUGUAGUAAAGUUUAUUUUUGCAUUUGCACCUUUUUUGUCAUUAAAAAUGCCUGAACGCGCUUCGUGUGAAGUAAUAAAAGGAGCCGACCGGCUCCGCUUGCGUGCUCUUUCUCGCUCGCACCCGCUUUCAGAUCUCUUCCAGCCGGUCGAUGUGAAAUAGUUGGCGGCUCCGCUCCGGCCAAUUCCAAGCGUAUACGACCCGG